UCCCAAUUACCAACCCAACUAAUUGCCUCCCCUCCGCAGGUGAUCCGCACCGACACCUUCAAGCACCUUCGCCACCUGGAGAUCCUCCAGCUCAGCCGCAACCUGGUGCGCAAGGUGGAGGUGGGCGCCUUCAAUGGGCUGCCCAACCUCAACACGCUGGAGCUCUUCGACAACCGCCUGACCACGGUGCCCACGCAGGCCUUCGAGUACCUGUCCAAGCUCCGCGAGCUCUGGCUGAGGAACAACCCCAUCGAGAGCAUCCCCAGCUACGCCUUCAACCGCGUGCCCUCGCUGCGCCGCCUCGACCUGGGCGAGCUCAAGCGCCUCGAGUACAUCUCCGAGGCCGCCUUCGAGGGCCUGGUCAACCUGCGCUACCUCAACCUGGGCAUGUGCAACCUCAAGGAGAUCCCCAACCUGACGGCGCUGGUGAGGCUGGAGGAGCUGGAGCUCUCGGGGAACCGCCUGGGCCGGGUGCGGCCGGGCUCCUUCCAAGGCCUGGGCAGCCUGCGCAAGCUGUGGCUGAUGCACGCGCGGGUGGCGGCGGUGGAGCGCAACGCCUUCGACGACCUGAAGGCUCUGGAGGAGCUCAACCUGGCCCACAACGACCUGGCCUCGCUGCCCCACGACCUGUUCGCGCCGCUGCACCGGCUGGAGCGCGUGCACCUGCACCACAACCCCUGGCGCUGCGACUGCGACGUGCUGUGGCUCAGCUGGUGGCUGCGCGAGACCGUGCCCAGCAACACCAGCUGCUGCGCCCGCUGCCACGCCCCGCCCGCGCUGCGCGGCCGCUACCUGGGCGAGCUGGAGCCCGGCCACUUCACCUGCUACGCGCCCGUCAUCGUGGAGCCGCCGGCCGACCUCAACGUCACCGAGGGCAUGGCGGCCGAGCUCAAGUGCCGCACGGGCACGGCCAUGACCUCGGUCAACUGGCUGACGCCCAACGGGACGCUGAUGACGCACGGCUCGUACCGCGUGCGCAUCUCGGUGCUGCACGACGGCACGCUCAACUUCACCAACGUCACCGUGCAGGACACCGGCCAGUACACCUGCAUGGUCACCAACGCCGCCGGCAACACCACGGCCACCGCCACGCUCAACGUCUCGGCCGCCGACGCCGCCGCGGCCGCCGCUGCGGCAGCAGCAGCCACCGGUUACACCUACUUCACCACGGUCACCGUGGAGACCACCGAGGGCGCCGGCGGCGACGACCAAGCCCCCCAAACCCCCGCGGCGCCCACGGCGGCCGGUUGGGACCCGGCCGGCGCCUCCACGGCCGCCCCGGCCACGCGCGCCACCGGCAAACCCUUCACCGUGCCCAUCACGGCGGCGGCGGCCGGCGCGGCGGCGGGCGGAGGUCUCCAAGAUUUGGACGACGUCUUGAAGACCACCAAGAUCAUCAUCGGCUGCUUCGUGGCCAUCACCUUCAUGGCCGCCGUCAUGCUGGUGGCCUUCUACAAGCUCCGCAAGCAGCACCAGCGCCACAAGCACCGCGGCGGCCCCGCGCGCGCCGUCGAGAUCGUCAACGUCGAGGACGAGCUGGCCGGGGGUCCGGCCGGCGGCGGCGGAGGGGGCGGCGGCCCCGGCGGAGGCGGCGCCGGGACGGGGGGGGACAGCCGGUUGGCGCUGCCGGCCUUGGAGAGGGAGCACCUGGACAGGUACGCGGCCUUGGCCGCCCACUACGGUGGCCCGGCGGCGGCGCUGGGCUGCGGGAAGACGCCGCUGCUCAACUCGGUGCACGAGCCGCUGCUCUUCAAGAGCCCCUCCAAGGAGAACGUGCAGGAGACGCAGAUCUGAGAUUUUGGGGGGGACAAAGAAGAGGGGGGGGGUUUGGAAUGGAACCCCCCCAAAAUCAACCCUUUGGACUUUUCUUCCCGCCCCCACCACCAAAAAAAACCCCCCCUGAAAAAAUCCGGCCGAAAAAAGGAAAAAAAAAAAAAUUUUGGGGGGGAGUAAAAGGGAAAAAAUAAAAAGUGGGGGAGACUUUGGGGGGUGGAGGUGGUGAGGAAAUGGGGGGAAAAAAAACCCCCAAAAAUGUGGGGGGAACGUCCUGAAAAAUGUGUGGAAAAACUGGUGGAAAGGAAGGGGGGAAACCCCCCAAAAAUGUGGGGGAAAAGUCCUAAAAAAUGUGUGGAAAAAAAGGAGGGAAAACCCCCAAAAAUGUGGGGGAAAGUCCUAAAAAAUGUGUGGAAAAAAAGGAUGGAAAACCCCAAAAAUGUGGGGGGAAAGCACGAAAAAUUGGGGGGAGACACUGGAAAAAAUGUGGGGGAAUCUCCAAAAAAAAAAAAAAAAUUGGGGGAGAUGCUGAGAUAAAAUGGGGGAGACUCUGAAAAAUGUGAGAAAAAAAAUUGGGGGAGACUCCUUAAAAAAAAAUGGAGAGACUCCUACAAAGUGUGGAGGAAAACCUCCAAAAAAUGGAGAGGAAAUUCCUAAAAAAAUGAGAGGAAACUUAAAAAAAAAAAAGUGGAGGAAAAUUCCCCAAAUAAUGUGGGGGAAACUCCUAAAAAAUGGAGGGGAAAUAAAAAAAAUUGUCGAGGAAACGUCGGGAAAAAAAUGGGGGAAACUCCUAAAAAAUAAUGAGGAGGAUUCUGAAAAAUGUG